AUGGCUUUUUUCUACGUUUCAGAUUUAAAAACACAUCUGAGAAACCAUACUGACCAGAAACUAUUUGCCUGUGAACAUUGCACAAAUCUGAAAGUACACUUCAGAACCCAUACCGGAGAAAAGCCAUUUUCUUGUGAGUUGUGUUUUAAGGAAUUUUCUCGAACAUCACACCUCAAACUCCAUUUGAGAACCCAUACUGGAGAAAAGCCAUUUUCCUGUGAGUUCUGCUCUAAGAAAUUUUCUCGAACAUCACACCUGAAGUACCACUUGAGUACCCAUACUGGAGAAAAGCCAUUUUCCUGUGAGUUGUGUCCUAAGAAUCUGAAAGUACACUUCAGAACCCAUACCGGAGAAAAGCCAUUUUCCUGUAAGUUGUGUUUUAAGGAAUUUUCUCGAACAUCACACUUCAAACUCCAUUUGAGAACUCAUACUGGAGAAAAGCCAUUUUCCUGUGAGUUGUGCCCUAAGAAAUUUUCUCGACCAGGAACCCUGAAAUUACCUGUUGUUGAAGCUUCAUCUCACUUGUACCAAUAUGGAACUUAUUCUUGA